UCCGCUGCCGCCGCUGUACCCUGCGCCCGCCACUUCCUGGGCUGCAGUCCCGGGCAUGGAGCCGCGAGCUUGAGACGCCGCUGGCCCCGGGACGCCCUGCCCAGCCCGGCCCUCGUCCCGCGCCGGCCUCGAGCCCCGGUCUGUGUCCCACGUCUGCAGCUGGAAUGGAGGCUCUCUGGACCCUUUAGAAGGUCAGUGGUGCUGGGCUGGGGUGGCCGGGAAGGCUGGGUGUGUGCUGGUGGGAUUCAUUUGCCUGCUCCUGGAUACAGAAUUUGGCAGGAAGUGGUUUUCUGCAGCCCUGGGGUCACUGGUCUUGGGGACAGUUAGCCAGGCCCCAGGCCAGGGGCUGCAGCUUCGUGUGCUCUUGCUGGAGACUUUUCUUUCUAUCUAGCAUCGUAUGCUAGAUGUCCACGGACAGAAGCCCUGGAAGGACUGGGGGAGAAAAAGGAGGGAGCACUAAUUCCAGCUGGAUUUGGUGGAUGUGUGGCUGCAUCUCCCCCUCCCCCGCCACACACACACCUUAUACGGUGCCUGGCGCUCAGUCUGUGAAUGGUGUGGAUUCUGGCUCUGAAAGGAACUUGAGUCCAAUUCUCCCCUUGGUGUAAUUUUAAGUAACUUGGUUAGAUGGCAAUAUUAGCUGGCCCGUAGUUUCUGCUAUGUCAGCUGCUUUACCCGUGCCAUCUCACUUAAUCCUCACAGUAGUCCUAGGUGUAGGCACUGCAGUCCCACUUUUUUUUUUAAUAAAUUUAUUUAUUAAUUUGUUUAUUUUUGGCUGAGUUGGCUCUUUGUUGCUGCACGCGAGCUUUCUCUAGUUGCGGCGAGCAGGGACUGCUUCUUGUUGCAGUGGCUUCUCUUGUUGAGGAGCACGGGCUCUAGGCAUGCGGGCUCAGCAGUUGUGGCUCACGGGCUCCAGAGUGCAGGCUCAGUAGUUGUGGCACACGGGCUUAGUUGCUCUGCGGCAUGUGGGAUCUUCCCGGACCAGGACUCGAACCCGUGUCCCCUGCGUUGACAGGCGGAUUCGUAACCAUUGUGCCACAAGGGAAGCCCUGCAGUCCCACUUAGUAGCUGGGAAGAUUGAAGCACAGAGAGGUUAGGCGGCUUCUCCAAGGUCACAUAACCCAGUAGUGGCAGAGUCAGGAUUUGAACCCAAACCUCUCUGACACCAGAGCCCACAGUUUUCACCACUGGACUGAGGUGAAAUCAGUGCUUCUUUAUGGUGACAUUUUGCUUCACUUCUUCCAUCGGAUCUCUGUCCUGGGACCAGGCGCUGCUUUCUUUUCCUUUAACCAUCAGGACACCUGUCUCGUCAAGAAGGGGGUGGGGUGCCCACCAAACCAGGGGUCCCUACCAAACCAGGGGUCCCUUUGACUUUGUUCAGUGUUCAAGUGAGUACAGGGACUCGUUCAUUCAACCUGAGACGUUUGCUGUAUUGGGUGCUUCCUGUGUGCCGGGGCCACAGCAGGAACAGGACAGAUGGGGGCCUGCCUCCGUGGAGCUGACUUCCUGGUGCGGGGUGCUCACACACCCAGAGAGGGCUUCUCAGCCUCAGCACUAGCGAGAUUUGGGGCCAGGUUAGUCUUUCUGGUGGGGGAAGGGCAUCCUGCUAAUUGUGGGGGACUUAGCAGCAUCCCUGGUCUCCACCACCCAGAUGCCAGCAGCAUGCCUCCCAGUCGUGACAACCAAACACGUCUCCUGGGAACACCAGCCCUCGUCAAGACCCCCUGGCUUAGGGGAUUCACUGACCGCCCCCAAGAGACUCUGCGCUCCAUGACCACCUGACCCUCAGAGGUCCUAGCAUGCUGCACCCAUUUGAACACACACACCAAGAGGGAGGGACAGGAGGCGACUCACAGGGGCCGGGGGCCACCCUGAUUUAUACCAUCUGAACCACUGGGGAUUUAUUUUGGUGUCUAGUGUGAGCCUAAGGAUCUAACUCCAUUUCUUUCCCCCAGACAAUGAAUACAGAGUUUCCCCCCCUGGGCACUGUGGACACUGGGACCAGAUCAUUCUCUGGGGUGGGCCAUCGUGGCCACAGUAGGGUGAUGAGCGGCAUCCCUGGCCCCACCCACCGGAUGCCAUGGCACCACUCCCCAGUCAGUGGGAACAGCCAAAACUGUCUACAGACACCACCAAGGGUCCCCUGGACGGGGGGCAGGGAGAGAGGGAAAAUCACCCCCAUCGAGAACUACCAUUUUAGAAUGAGUGCUUGCAGAAAGGCCCAGGUGUUGAGAUGGGGAUAACAAGGUAGCAACUUCGGACUUCAUGCCAGGAAAGACCCCUGAAGAGGUGAUACUGGGACCCAAAGGAUAAGAGGGAGCACAUCAUACAAAAAGCAGGGCAAGGGUGUUCUAGGCAGAGGGAAUGGUAAGUGCAAAGGCCCUGAGGUAGGACUGAGUCAGCGUGUUUAGGGGAGAUUAAGGCCAGCGUGUCUGGAGAUCAUGGUCAAGGAGGUGGGGUCAGGAAGGCCAUCAGGGAGCAACCACAGUGGGGAAUUUGGGUUUAUUUGAUUUCCAGCAAGUGCCGUGGGUGGUGGCCCCCGAAUCGUUUGAAACUCUCAUCUCAGGGACUCUCACCUUGGGAGAACCACCCGGUUUCCGGCAAACGCCCGGACAGGUGUUCGAACUUCGAAUUUCAGGACAGGGCCUGCACCAUCUGCCUCAUGAGGAGGCCCUUGGCAUCGGGUGUUCCCCGCAGACAGGAGGGUGGCCUCGAGGAAUGGGAGCGGGGAGGGGGGCCCACAACCCCACACUGCCAGAGCUGCAGCCCUUCGGUCUGCCCCCCUCGCAGGCUCACCCACCCUGAGGUCAGCCGAGUGGUUAAUGCGGAAGGUUAAGAAGGUGCGGCUGGACAACACAAACACAGGACGUUGGAGAAGUGCCCGCACUGGCGUUGUCGGGUGUGGAGCAUCACCCACCCGUCACGACAACCACAGAUGUCCCCAGACAUCACCCCGUGUCCCCUGGGAACGGGAUCAGCCCCAGCUUCUCGCUGAAUUCCGAGGGGGCGGAGAGGAUGGCCACUGGGGCGCCGACAUCCGACCGGGGCGACGCAGUCGAGAUGGAGGACCCAGCCUCCCGCUUCCAGGUGCAGAAGCACUCGUGGGACGGGCUCCGGAGCAUCAUCCACGGCAGCCGCAAGAACUCGGGCCUCAUCGUCAACAAAGCUCCACAUGACUUCCAGUUUGUGCAGAAGACGGACGAGUCGGGCCCCCACUCCCACCGCCUCUACUACCUGGGGAUGCCCUAUGGCAGCCGAGAGAACUCCCUCCUCUACUCCGAGAUCCCCAGGAAGGUCCGGAAGGAAGCACUGCUGCUCCUGUCCUGGAAGCAGAUGCUGGAUCACUUUCAGGCCACGCCGCACCACGGGGUCUACUCCCGGGAAGAGGAACUCCUGCGGGAGCGGAAGCGCCUGGGCGUCUUCGGCAUCACCUCCUACGACUUCCACAGCGAGAGCGGCCUCUUCCUCUUCCAGGCCAGCAACAGUCUCUUUCACUGCCGGGACGGCGGCAAGAACGGCUUCAUGGUGUCCCCCAUGAAGCCCCUGGAAAUCAAGACCCAGUGUUCCGGGCCCCGGAUGGACCCCAAGAUCUGCCCCGCCGACCCCGCCUUCUUCUCCUUCAUCAACAACAGCGACCUGUGGGUGGCCAACAUCGAGACGGGCGAGGAGCAGCGGCUGACCUUCUGCCACAAGGGCUUGUCCAGUGUCCUUGACGACCCCAGAUCCGCGGGUGUAGCCACCUUCGUCAUCCAGGAAGAAUUUGACCGCUUCACUGGCUACUGGUGGUGUCCCACAGCCUCCUGGGAGGGUUCAGAAGGCUGCAAGACGCUGCGGAUCCUGUACGAGGAAGUGGACGAGUCCGAGGUGGAGAUCAUUCACGUGCCCUCUCCCGCGCUAGAGGAGAGGAAGACGGACUCCUACCGGUACCCCAGGACAGGCAGCAAAAAUCCCAAGAUCGCCUUGAAACUGGCUGAGUUUCAGACCGACAGUCAGGGCAAGAUUGUGUCGACGCAAGAGAAGGAGCUGGUACAACCCUUCAGCACGCUCUUCCCGAAGGUGGAGUACAUCGCCAGGGCCGGCUGGACACGCGACGGCAAAUAUGCCUGGGCCAUGUUCCUGGACCGGCCGCAGCAGCGGCUUCAGCUCGUCCUCCUGCCCCCGGCCCUGUUCAUCCCCACCGCCGAGAACGAGGAGCAGCGGGCAGCCUUCGCCAGAGCCGUGCCCAGGAGCGCCCAGCCGCACGUGGUGUACGAGGAGGUCACCGACGUGUGGAUCAACGUUCACGACAUCUUCUAUCCCUUCCCCCAACCAGAGGGAGAAGACGAACUCUGCUUCAUCCGUGCCAACGAGUGCAAGACUGGCUUCUGCCACUUGUACAAAGUCACCGCUGUUUUGAAGCCCCGUGGCUACGACUGGACCCAGCCCUUCAGCCCCGGGGAAGAUGAAUUUAAAUGCCCCAUCAAGGAGGAGAUCACACUGACCAGCGGCGAAUGGGAGGUUUUGGCAAGGCACGGCUCCAAGAUCUGGGUCAACGAGGAGACGAAGCUGGUGUACUUCCAAGGCACGAAGGACACGCCCCUGGAGCACCACCUCUACGUGGUCAGCUACGAGUCAGCCGGCGAGAUCGUGCGCCUCACCACGCCCGGCUUCUCCCACAGCUGCUCCAUGAGCCAGAACUUCGACAUGUUCAUCAGCCACUACAGCAGCGUGGGCACGCCACCCUGCGUGCAUGUCUACAAGCUGAGCGGCCCCGAUGACGACCCCCUGCACAAGCAGCCCCGGUUCUGGGCCAGCAUGAUGGAGGCGGCCAGCUGUCCCCCGGAUUACGUGCCCCCGGAAAUCUUCCAUUUCCACACGCGCUCGGAUGUGCAGCUCUAUGGCAUGAUCUACAAGCCGCACGCCGUGCAGCCAGGGAAGAAGCACCCUACUGUCCUCUUUGUGUACGGAGGCCCGCAGGUGCAGCUGGUCAAUAACUCCUUCAAAGGAAUCAAGUAUUUGCGGCUUAACACUCUGGCGUCUCUGGGCUACGCCGUGGUCGUGAUUGACGGCAGGGGCUCCUGUCAGCGAGGGCUCCGAUUUGAAGGGGCCCUGAAAAACCAAAUGGGCCAGGUGGAGAUCGAGGACCAGGUGGAGGGCUUGCACUUCGUGGCCGAGAAGUACGGCUUCAUUGACCUGAGCCGGGUUGCCAUCCACGGCUGGUCCUAUGGAGGCUUCCUCUCGCUCAUGGGGCUGAUCCACAAGCCCCAGGUGUUCAAGGUGGCCAUCGCAGGUGCUCCGGUCACAGUCUGGAUGGCCUACGACACAGGGUACACAGAACGCUACAUGGAUGUCCCAGAAAACAACCAGCUUGGCUACGAGGCGGGUUCCGUGGCCCUGCACGUGGAGAAGCUGCCCAAUGAGCCCAACCGCCUGCUCAUCCUGCACGGCUUCCUGGAUGAGAACGUGCACUUUUUCCACACAAACUUCCUCGUCUCUCAGCUGAUCCGAGCAGGAAAGCCUUACCAGCUCCAGAUAUACCCCAACGAGAGACACAGCAUCCGCUGCCCCGAGUCCGGCGAGCACUAUGAAGUCACACUGCUGCACUUUCUACAGGAAUACCUCUGAGCCCGCGGGCCGCCACGUGCGGGCCUGCACAGUCAGAGCACAAGUGGCUUCGCCGCCGCCGUUGCCGGAGGGACCGAGCGGCCCCGCAGGCCCUGUGCAGCGCCUCCUCCCACCGGCCCCGCCAGACCGCCCGCCCCAGGAGCUGCCGCCUUCGCCCCAACGCCUUUUACUGUUUUCGUUAACGCUCCUGGGGUUUCAGCCUGCUGCUUCUUCGUGGCCAGGAUGGAGAGAUGAGACCAACGUCCACGAGGCACUUCCUCAAGCCAUCCCUCCUCUCCCUGUCAUCCAGGAGCGGGAGCCUCAACUCCGCUGGGCACUGGAGGCCAGAAGAGACUCGGAGGAGCCAGCCUUUGCCCCGGGGACCCCCAGGCCCAGCCCGGCCACCGGCGCAGAAGCAUGCGGUUGCCUUUCCUCCCCACCCGCCCACUUCAUAUUUGUGUUUCGUUUUGUUUUUCUUUUGGGGGGUGGGCAUUUUUAUGAAUUAUUUAAAAGAAAGAUAGCAAGGGGUGCCUAAAUCUAGAUUCAGGGUCUGCCGCUGGGCCACAGGGUUCACCCCAGCCAGCACCCGAAGCCCACAGCAGGAGUCAUGCCCGGCAGGCCGUGAGCGGUGCGCAGGGAAGCGGGGCAGCCUUCCGGCCCGGCUUUCAGGCAGGCUCUGAAGCGCACCCGGCCCCGUUCUCCCCAGCCCAGCCCUCCGCCACACGUUUCUGCCUGGCCCGCCGGCCCAGACCGGGGUUCCAGGGCUGGGAGUGGAACCCUCCCCGCCUCAGGGUUAUCCUUACUCCUUCCUUUCCCUCCCGCCAAGAGUUCUGCCAGGGGCGGGUAGGAAAAAAACAAAAAAACAAAAAAAAACCCCACCAGAGACGAACCACCUCUACACAUUAUGAAAAGAAAAUAUUUUUGUCGAUUCUUAUUCUUUUAUAAUUAUGCGUGUAAGAAGUAGACUCAUUAAACGAUUCCAGAUGGAA